CAAGCCAACUGUGACUUGAUUUGGAUAGUGAUCUAUACUUAUAUUAUAAGAGGGGAUAGGGGCUCCCAUCAAGCGGCUGAAUACAAAGUUGGAACCAGAUUAAUAAGCAAUAUUUACAGCUAGGAUUUAGUUUUUCUCCCGGGACAGAUAUAUCAGUCGUACUGUUAGCACGAAUUGGAUAAUUGAAUGAUAGUUGUCGAAGUAGAGGUAUCGAAGAGAAGUAAGGAUGCAGUUGCCGUAUGAAGUGAUAAGUCUAAUACUACAAUUUGUCGAGCCAAAUAUUGUCUACGAUAAAUUUUUGGGGCCAUACAAAUGGGGCCGGGAUCAACUUGAUCCUGUUCAAUAUGCUGCAUUUAAAAGGGUGUUUUCAUCUAAGAUAGUGAUCAAAGGAUUAAUAUUCGAGGAUUUAUCGAAAAGUUUCAGCAAGAUUUUCUAUCCCCAAAAGGUCAUCAAAGACUUAUUUGUUAUCCAUGGUUUAGUUGACGGAUAUUAUAUAUUAAAGAAUCUAUUUAAUUAUAACAUUAUGCACCAGGAUCAGGUAAUACCGGGAGAGAUUGGAAUAGUGUUUAGUUUCGAUGACAACUAUACUCAAAUUUUGAGUUUAAACAAGAUUCUUGAAAUUCUAUCGUUUGAUAAAUAUCAUAAAGAUAUCAUACCUAAGAUUGUUAUUUUUUUGCGCUAUGAUUCAACCCCAAGGGAUAAGAUGAUCUCCGAGAGUAACAAGGUUGUAAGGCAAGUUGAAAGUUUAGGAAGAAAAAUAACCAAAUUUUCAAUUCAGAACAAGUUUACCUUGAAAACCACUAUAAAUAAUCUUCACUUACUUCAACCAUCUUCUUUUGAGAAUUUGAUAGAAGUUCGUUUACCCAAUAACGGGAUUACUGAUAUAAGUGUUGAAUCUCAUUUGAAAAAUUUACCACAAGGCUUGAAAAUUCUUGAUUUGACAGCAAAUAAUAUUACCAACUUGAAACGAUUAAAGAUCCCUGGAUCUUUAGAGGAGUUGUGGCUCGGUGCCAACAGUUUACAUUCAAUCGAUGGCCCAGAUUAUGCUUCUGCUAAGAAUUUGAGAUCUAUUGAUGCUUCAAUUAACGCAAUUUCUUCAAUUGCAGGAAUAAAAUUCCCUCCCUCUUUAAAAAUGUUCAAAAUCACUUAUAAUUUGUUAGAAGAAAUCGAGCAAGAUCAAAUUCCUCCAAAUAUCGAAAUUUUAGGAUUAUCACAAAAUAACUUUAGUAAUCUUGACGAUAUCGAAUUACCGCCGAAACUUCUUGAGUUACAUUUGAGGGACAACAAAUUUGGAGGCUUUAGAGAUGACUUUUUCAUGAAUUGCCAUCAGUUAACCGUAUUGGACUUAUCGAAUAAUCGAAUUGAUGAUUUGGAUGAAUUGGGUCAAUUGCCAUCUUCAUUGAGUGUGUUGAUGUUGGAUAAUAAUGAAAUUGAUUAUAGUGACUUGAAUAACAUCUUUACCAAGAGCUUAACCAAGUUAUCUAUGAUAAGUACCGGUUUAAUAAGUUUAUCUAACUUGGAAUUUCCUCCCACGAUCAAAGAGUUAAACUUGUCCAAAAAUGAAAUUAGUGAGAUAUUCAAUGUUAAGUUUGGAGGUGGUGAAUUAACCAAACUCGAUUUAAGCGGUAAUAAACUAACUAAGUUUGAGACUUACCUAGGUUUGGAAAUGGUCGAGUCUCUUAAUUUGAGUGACAAUUUGUUUUUCACUAGAAACAUUUCAUUACCUAAAAGCUUAAGGGAAUUGAUUUUAAAUGAUAUCGAAACUGAUAUUAUUUCUCAAGUCUUUGUAGAUAAUCUUCCCAAGAGUCUUCGGGUUUUGACAUUGAGUAACUGUUUCAAUCGAUCUACGAGUCUUCGGCUUGACUUGUCUCGACUCAAUGAGUUAAAAAUGUUAUUUCUUGAGAGAAACCAUUUAAACCUGGUUGAUAUUAAUUAUCCAACUAGUCUUGAGGUCUUGUCUCUCGAGUAUAACGAGUUAACUGAUAUCAGAUUCAAUGAGAUCCCAACUAAUAUACGGAUUUUGAAAUUGAACCAUAACGAUAUUAAAGAAUUAGCAUCAUUACCAUAUUUCCCGCAUAUUGAAUAUUUUGGACUUUAUGGCGAUCAAACGGAAUUGAUGAAACUGGGUAGUUGUUUUGCUAGAGCUUAAGCUGCAUAGCCAUUUUUAACCUUGUAUAGAGAAAUGUAACAUAGAAUUAAUGGCUGUGAAAUAUUGUAAUUUUGCUCAUUUUUAG